GUAGUACUGACCAAUAGUGAGAGUUUGAAACAGGCCCUGAAAAAUGGUCUUCCACAGGGUUCUGGUCAUGGCAUCCAACUCUUGGAUAAAGACAUAGAUGUCACUGGAUUGCAGCAACAAGGCGAAAGCUCGCUUGCAGACCAACAUGAACAUCUUGAGAAAGGAGGAGAGACAACUUCAAGGAAGGAAGAGAUUCGUGUGGGAAGAAGAGGUAAGAGUGCUUCUGGCGCUGAAGGAAAGCAUCGACCGUGCCAUUGAAGACAUCAAGGCAAAGGCAACAAAGUAUGUGCUGCGUGCAAACGCGCAAGCAAAGGCUUGGGCGGUGAAGUCACGAGAGCUCCUGGCCAAGGGCAUCAACCCUUAUGAGGUCCAAAGACUCAAACACAGAGAGAUGAUGACGAAAAGAAUCGAAAAGAGCAGGAGAGAGUACCUGGUGCAAAAGGAAAUGGAGUUGAAGGAGAAGAUGAAAAAAUUGAGACGGAAACAUGCAGCAGAAGUUGAGGCCCAAAAGGUAUAGUGAGCUCCUUUUCAUUCCUCCAUAUCUGUGUGCAUGGUCCUUGCAACAGCGAGGGGUCAUCCUUUUUUUCUUAAUUACAAAACCAGCACAUGCUGCGAACCGGGCCAGCAUCCCUUAUAAGAUUACAUCACAUUAUUGAGCGGUUGAUGAUAGUUUUGAGGAUACCGAAGCCAUCACCCUUUUUUUUUAUUUUUAUUUUUUUAUUUUUAACUUGUCGAAAUAUAUUCCAAAAUGAGAGUUUGAGGCUGGGGACCUCACAAACAUUUCAGAAGAAGCUAUGAAGAAAACAUGAGACUUCAUGAACCACUCCUCACCUUACUUUUUUUUUUCUUUUUUUUUUAAAGACACAACCCCUUUGUAUUCUGAGUCACCGGCAAGCAUGAAAAGA